AGAAGGAGACGCAUUCCGCUCAGGUUGACCGCUGCAGCAGCGCGCGCGCCCGCAUGGAGAUCCCCGCGUGCCCCCUCUAGAAGCUCCGACCCGCACGACCCGCACCGCCUCCCCCUCCUCGUGCCUGAAGGGGGGACGAGAGAGUCCGCGAGACCACUUUCCCCUCGCGCCGCUGCGGUGGAGGAUCUUAUUCCUCACUCCCCUCCUCUUCUUCUUUUUUUUCGAGUAGUCCGUUUCUCUCCCUCUCUCUCUCUCUCUUUUCCCCUUCCUUCCUUCCAGCCCUCCUCCUCCUCCUCCUCCUCCUCCUCUCGCAGCCAGUCUCUCAUUUUUGUUCUACUUUUUUGGGGGGAAUUUUUUUCCUUUUAAAAAAAAGAAAAAGAAAAGAAAAGAAAAGGAGUCGCUGCUGUUUCCCCGGAGAGUCUCUACCUGCUCGCCCAGCACCCAUGAAUUCAGAUAAACAUGUGUACCUCGGCAGAGACAAAGGCAUCAUGCGGAAGAGAGCCCUGCUCCUCCGGAAGGGCUGCAGCUUCGAGAUCACCAGCUCUGCCUCGGAGGACUUGGGCUGCAGGCGCGGAGACUUCAGCAGGAAACACUAUGGUUCGGUGGAGCUGCUGAUUUCCAGUGACGCAGAUGGGGCCAUCCAGAGGGCAGGGCGCUUCAGGGUGGAGAACGGCUCGUCGGACGAGUCUUUGGACUACACGCCAGGAACCUGGAGGAGAACCGAUGUCCAUCUGGAGAAUCCAGAGUACCACACCAGAUGGUUCUUUAAAUACUUCCUGGGAAAAGUCCACCAGAACUAUGUGGGUACCGAUGCAGAGAAGAACCCCUUCUACCUGUCGGUCGUCCUCUCGGACCAGAACAACCAGCGGGUUCCUCAGUACAGAGCCAUCCUCUGGAGGAAGACGGGCACCCUGAAGAUCAGCCUCCCCUACAGCCCGACCAAAACACUCUCAGUGAAGUCCAUCCUCAGUGCGAUGAACAUGGACAGGUUUGAGAAAGGCCCGAGGGAGAUCCUCAACCCGGAGAUCCAGAAGGAUCUGCUGGUGUUGGAGGAGCAGGAGGGUUCUGUCAACUUUAAAUUCGGCGUCCUGUUCGCCAAAGACGGGCAGCUGACGGACGACGAGAUGUUCAGCAACGAGACGGGGAGCGAGAGCUUCGAUAAGUUCCUCACUCUGCUGGGCGACUCCAUCACGCUGCAGGGAUGGGCCGGUUACCGCGGAGGCCUGGACACCAAGAACGACACGACGGGGAUGAAGUCCAUCUACACGGUGUACCAGGGCCACGAGCUCAUGUUCCACGUGUCCACCAUGUUGCCGUACUCCAAAGAGAACAAGCAGCAGGUGGAGAGAAAGCGACACAUCGGAAAUGACAUCGUCACCAUCGUGUUCCAGGAAGGCGACGACGCGUCGUCGUCCUUCAAGCCGUCGAUGAUCCGAUCGCACUUCACCCAUAUUUUUGCAUUAGUUAGGUAUAAUAGCCAGAAUGACAGUUACAGGUUGAAGAUUUUCUCCGAGGAGAGCGUCCCUCUGUUCGGACCUCCUCUCCCGUCUCCGCCUGUGUUUACUGAUCACCAAGAAUUCAGGGACUUUUUAUUAGUCAAAUUAAUCAAUGGAGAGAAAGCCACACUGGAGACGCCCACGUUUGCCCAGAAGCGCCAGCGGACCCUUGACAUGUUGAUCCGCUCGCUCUACCAAGACCUCAUGCCGGACCUGCACAAGGUUCCCUUUUCUCCACAGAACAUGUUGAACCGGAGGUCCUUCAGCGACGUGCUGCCCGAGUCUCCAAAGUCGGCGCGCAAGAAGGAGGAGGCGCGGCAGGCCGAGUUUGUCAGAAUAGGGCAGGCUCUGAAGCUGAAGACCAUCGUGAGAGGAGACGCCCCGACGAGCCUCGUCACCACCGGCCUGUGCAGAAAGGAGCCAUGGGAGUCCCAGUCGUUCUGCAGCACGUUCCCCAAUGAGAUUGUGUGCGCCGACUCCUGGGGUCAGUCUCUGCUGGCCGCCACCGACGCCGCCGGGGUCAUGCUGCUAGACGGCCCUGAUCCGGCUUUGUCCAACGCCGAGACGCAGGCGGCGCCCCCGGUCCAGGUGUUCGACAAAACCAUGGUGGUGAAGCAGGUGCAUGUUCUCGAGCCUCAGGACCUGCUCAUCACCAGGGCGGACAAAGGGAAAGACGCACGGCUUUACGUGUACCGGCUCAGCACGCUGAAGAGAGGCCUGGAGGAGAAGCAGCUCGUCAGGAGCAAGUGUGACAGCCGGGAAAAUAAACUGGAGAAAACCAAAGGGUGUCAUUUGUACUCCAUCAACACCCACCACGGCUCUGAGCUGAGGAUCGUGGCGGCCAUCAGGAACAAGCUCCUCCUCAUCACCAGGAAACAUCCGCGGUUCGAAGGCUUGAGCGCCGUCGCCGUGGCAGCGGACUCGCCGGUGGAGGAGUUUCAGUACAUACGGGAGAUCUGUCUGUGUGACCCUCCGGUCGUCAUGGCGCUGGUGGACGGGCCGACGGGGGAGAAUGACAACAUGAUCUGCGUGGCCUACAAGCAUCAGUUUGACCUCAUCAACGAGAGCACCGGCGACGCCUACCGGUUACACCACGUGGACGCCAACAGGGUAAAUUUCGUAGCAGCCAUCGAUGUGUAUGAAGACGGGGAGGCGGGUCUGCUGCUGUGCUACAACUACAUCUGCUCCUACAAGAAGGUUUGUCCAUUUAACGGCUCCACGCCGAUGAUCCAGUCCAACGCCUCGGACUUCCACUUCAGCUGGAACCAGAUGCCCAACGCUAUUGUGUGUGCGUUUCCGUACAUCCUGGCCUUCACGACGGACUCCAUCGAGAUCCGACUGGUCGUCAACGGUAACCUGGUGUACACGGCGGUGGUCCCGGAGCUCCAGCUGGCCGCCUCCCGGUCGGACAUCUACUUUGUUUCCUCGGCUCCGGUGAGCUCGGCCUCCAACUGCAGUUCGAGGGACACCAGUUCCCAGAGUUCCCCUCAGACGCCCACCGGCUACGAGAUGCCCGUGUUCCCCUCGCCGCUCGGUGACGAUUCUAUACGGAUCCCCUAUGGUACCAAGCUUUCCCUGUACAUGUCUAAGGAUGCCGAAGGUGAAGCGGCAUGUAAGCACAUGUUCAAGAUCCCUCUGUGUAACCUGGUGGGCCGCAGCAUCGAAAGACCCCUCAAGUCCCCGCUGGUCAACAAGGUCCUGACGACGCCGGCGGCCCCCGCCAUGCUGCCCCCGACGCCCCUCAUCGCCGCCACGCACUCGCUCUCCCUGUCGCGCAUGGAAAUCAAAGAGAUAGCCAGCCGCACGCGCAAGGAGCUGCUUGGCCUGACCGAGGAACCAAGUGGAAAGUCAGAUGGCGGAUCGGUCAAACAGAGGAAGAUGAGCAAGAAGAACGCAGACGAGGACCCCAAAGCGCGAGCGCUGACGUCCACAAACAGCGACAGGUCAGCCUCGGAGUCCGUGGAGUCGGACCUGGACCUCCAGCUGCACUGCUCGUCCGGUUCGGAGGCGGAGCCGGAGAAGGCGUCGCUGCGGGAGGAGAGCCCGCCCCUCGCCAGCGCGUUCACCCGGUCCACGUCCUUCGAAGAAGACGUCCUGGACCUCAAGUGAAGACAAUCCCACCGUGCACUUCUCUAUGCCCCCCUCCCCCUCUCCUGUUGCUGUCACCGGUAUUUUAUUGUUUGUUUUGUUUGAUUUCUUUUUGUUGUCGUUGUUGUUGUUUAUAUCCCCGUAUCUUUGGUCUCCCCCUUCAUCAGACAAGAUGAGUGCAGUGAGCCCACCCUCAGCCGCUGUGUGUUGGGUGUUUGUGUUGCCCCCCUCUCCCCCGCAGCAAAUAACCCAAAGAGGCGGCGAGGUUGCGUAAGAUGCCGCGGUUUGUUCGGCCUCCAGAUAUAAUGUCACCGGUUUGAUGCCGAACCCACAAACUGAAUGUAAAAUCUGCGCACCGAGCACGACAAAAAAAAAUCUCUGCGUUCACGAUUCUCCUCUGAAGUUGCGAGAGCUUAACACGUGUUAUGUAUAUUGAUUAUAGUGAUUAUUUCCGAUCCACUUUCAGAUGUGGUAUGAUGUGCACAUGUGUGUGUACAUCUGUUUAUACACACACAGUGACAGGCGUACAUGCCUGCAUUGCAUAUUUAUAGAUAUAUUAUAAAAAGUCCAUUUUAUUCCCAUAUUUAGUGAACGUGUGAUGUGUUUAUGCUCUCCGCAUAUCUUCGUCCUUAUUAUUCUCCCUCUUCACAGUACACAGGUAGACAGGGCUGGAGGCAACGUCUCCCACAAGUGCCAUUUCCCAGCAUCCUCCACUGAACUACAGUAGCAGCCAUGAUUGUAGUCCUCAUUCGAUUACCUCAUGGUGUCCCACAACUCUAAAUUCGCUUCCCGGAGGCCCUCCUCUCGUACUUGAAACCGCAUGACAUUUUGCUAAACGUAUUGUGACUUCUGCUCCGAAAAGAAAUGAGCCUCUGUGGAAACCGUAACGUCCGCGACGUCGCACCAAACACGGUGUCGUAAAGCGAACAGAAGUGUGGCUGUUUAGAGGUACGGUGGCCCGGAAAAGGACAAAAACAUGAAAACUAAAGUUAAAACGCAGCGUUUUUGUAAACUGAAAAGUUAAAAGCAACAUUUUGUCGAAACGUAUUAAAAAAAAGCUAAAACUGCGAGUUAAACAGCUUCAAGUAUGAAGUGUUUUCAUUUCAUUUUUGUACGUCAAAGGUGCAGAAAGGUCAAGUGCUCCCAAUUAUUGAAACGACGCAGAAAUUUAUAAUAAACAUAUUGUUCGUCACGCACAGAAACUAUUUAAAAUGCACGCAGAAAACAUUCUGAAUUUAGUUAAUUGCAUUCGUCAUCAAUCUUCCUUAAAACUUUAAAAUGUUCAUCUCAUUGAGGACACUGAGGUGUUUUUUCAGGAAUUUCCCCCAAAAAUUAAAAAUGAACGGAUGCAAUGACGAGAGGGCAGAGUGGUGUCGAUGUGUUAAACUCUCUGAACCUCAAACUGACACUUCCUCUCACUCCCAUCAUUCUCACUAUUCAGACGCCAUUUGCGUCCUCUUUCAAAACAAAAUGAAAUAUUGCCGCUGAGCAGUUAUCUGCAGUUAGUGUCAAACACACACACACACACAUGUGGAGAAACACGCAUUACACACCUCUCACCGCUUUUACACUACGUUUGCGACCCGUUACCCACGGUUACGACUCUUCGUGCUUCUUUCACGCGCUCCUUCGCGUAAAGUCGAUGAUGCUGUUUAGCUCCCGGCCGUCCGGCCGUCAGCUCUUUUUGGGCAGCCGGCACUCGAUUUCUCGCUGCGAUUUCCUCAGAAAUAUCGCUCUCCAGUUAUAAAUGCACUUUUCAUUCAAAGAGAAGGCUUUGAGGGAUCCGCUGGUACGAUAGAUGGAGCAACGAACUGGGAGCAGUGGUUUCUUACUGUGCUCGUGUUGGGAUGCGGCCUCCUGAUCACGAUGACACAACUCAGAAAGACUAAAAAGGGAAGGAGAAGAAUGGGAUGUUGGAGGGGGUUUAAAAGGUACUCUGGUGUUUAUUACUCUGGGGGACGCCUGUCAGUUACAGUUUGUGACGCUGCUUCUCCCACGUACGAUGUUCCUAUUUCUCUUGUAUUCCUGUCAAGUACUCUUUGUUCCUACCUCCCCUUGGCAUUCUCACUGUUUUUAUUUUAUUUUUUUGUAUUUUGAAUCUAUAUUUCCUGUUUUAGACUGUUGCUGAACCUCUCUGUGAUAUCAAAACGAAAGAAAAUGAACAAAAAAAACACCAAGUGUCUUAAAAAUAUUGUAUCGCCAUCGUUUUUAAUGCCAAGUACUACUUGUAAAUGUUUGUGUAUCAAAAUGUGGCCUCAAAUGAAACUGAACUAUAUUAUUAUUAUUGAUAUUAUUAUUACGAUUAUUAUUUGAGCAAUUAUUUUAAACAAGUGCUGUAGACCACUGCUGUGAAAGUAGUCGAUUCUGUUCAUUGAUAUGUAAUAAAUAUUUAUGAAAUUUG